AUAUCUACUGAGCAUACCUUUCGCACCCACCAUAACACUUCAACAAAUCUCUCUCUCUCUCUCUCUCUCUCUCUCUCACACACACACACACAUUCUCUCUCUAAAACCAGUCAUGAAUAACCUCACUACUUCCUCUCUCCUCCUCAUCAUCCUCAUCCUUCUCCCUGUAUCAGCAUAUGCAGGGUGCACGUGCGAGACUGAAACAGGGGAUCAUGACAAAACAGAGGCACUCAAAUUCAAAUUAGUUGCCAUAGCUUCAAUUCUCAUUGCCGGCGCAAUUGGGGUGUCUCUCCCAAUCUUGGGCAACAUAGUCCCCGCCUUUCGCCCCGAGAACGACGUGUUCUUCGCCGUGAAAGCCUUCGCCGCUGGUGUCAUUCUGGCCACCGGCUUUGUCCACGUGCUGCCUGACGCGUUCGAGAGCCUGACCAACCCCUGUUUAGGGGACAACCCGUGGGGCAAUUUUCCGUUCACCGGAUUCGUGGCGAUGGUUUCGGCGAUUGGGACGUUGAUGGUGGACUCUGUGGCUAAUGGGUAUUACAAGAGACUGCAUUAUAGUAAGGCAAGGCCUGUGAAUUAUGCGGAUGAAGAGAGACAGGGUGAGCAUGACGGGCAUGUUCAAGUUCACACACACGCCACUCAUGGACAUGCACACGGGUCGGCGGAUUCGGGUUCGGAUCUUGUUAGGCAUCGGAUUGUGUCACAGGUUUUGGAGCUGGGCAUUGUGGUUCAUUCUAUAAUUAUUGGCAUAUCUUUGGGUGCUUCUGAGAGUCCCAAAACAAUCAAACCACUUGUAGCAGCAUUGACCUUCCACCAGUUCUUUGAGGGCAUGGGUCUUGGAGGUUGCAUUUCCCAGGCCAAAUUCAAAGCUCGAGCCAUCACAAUAAUGUCAAUUUUCUUCUCCCUCACAACUCCAACUGGAAUUGCAAUUGGAUUUGGGAUUUCAAAUAUAUACAAUGAGAGUAGCCCAACGGCUCUUAUUGUUGGAGGUGUAUUCAACUCUGCUUCAGCUGGAAUUUUGAUAUAUAUGGCACUGGUGGACCUCCUUGCUGCUGAUUUCAUGCACCCUAGAAUGCAAAGCAGUCCAAAGCUGCAGCUAUGGGCACAUCUUUCACUUCUUCUAGGGUCUGGUUGCAUGUCCCUCUUGGCCAAGUGGGCCUAAGACAGCUCAAAAUUUUUGGCAUUGCCUCCUUACUAUUUUGUUCUGCUUUGCAAAACAUGUACCAAUUAUGAUGCAUAUGUAAAUUUUGAUGUUACCAUGUUUUUCUUUUUCAUUGAAAUGAAGGAGGUUAUCAGAAUUUCAAAAAUUAGAAUUUCUUUUUUUUUGACAAGUAUAUGUUGAUGUGACAAAAUUAUAUGACGCUGGCGACAAAUUAUCAGGAGGGUUGUUUAUGUGAAAAAAUACAAUGGAUAAAUUAUUAACUAAAAAAUAAAGGAGGGUUGUUUAUGUGAAAAAAUACAAUGGAUAAAUUAUUAACUAAAAAAUAAAAAAGUAAUGGUAGAAAAUUUGACAAUAAAAAAGGUUGGUGUAAUUUUGACACAAAAAAUAAUAAUGAUAUCACGAUGGUGUCUGCUCCCCUAUUUAAAUAUUCCCUUCGUUUUAAAUUUGUAAGUCACAGUUUUCAAAAACG